AGGUAAUAGCUGUAUAGCUGUAUAUAGGUAUAUCUAUAAUAUAGAUAACCAUAUAAUUUAAUUGCGUACGAGAUAGAUGUGCGUUAUUUUGUUUUCCAUCGAUUUGUCGAAACGUUCGUUUUUAAUUUGCUUCUAUUCGGGUCAGUAAAAACAUUACCACGUCGGUCAUCGGUUAUUUUAUUGUUAUUCGAAUAAUCAUUUAAUCCUUUUCGCCUUUCAGCCGAAGACAGCGCGCCGACCGAUCCGGGCGUAUGCGGUAAAUUCAUGACUGGAUGUGCCUGGGCACUUGUUGUCGUCACCUUCCCGUUUUCUCUGUUCGUCUGUUUCAAAGUAGUUCAGGAGUACGAACGAGCUGUAAUAUUUCGCCUAGGACGUCUGGUGUCGGGCGGGGCGAAAGGGCCAGGUAUAUUCUUCAUUUUGCCCUGCAUCGACAACUAUGCGCGUGUCGACUUGAGAACACGCACGUACGACGUGCCGCCACAAGAGGUACCCAUAUAUUAUAUCGCAUAA